ACCGCUCCGGCUGGCACGUGACUUGCUUCGUGGGCUCUGGGGUCGAGGAAGCUGUGAGACCGGAGAUUAGGUCGGGUAGGGAUGGAGCGCUGAGCCGUUAACGUCUGCCAGGCUGUACACCUCUGUACCUGUUACUGCUGCCGCUUCCUCGUUUGACACUUCCCUGGGUCUUUGAGAGAAAGUAGAUGAAAAUGCCAUUCAUUGUAUAGUUAGGGACCUAUCUAGACCCUUGGACCUAGAAAUGGACAUCAAGUGAUGUGUUUAAGUCUAGCAUAACUUCCAUCGUCUUCUGAUUGCCGAUUACCUGCACAGUACUUAACCACAAUCACAUCUAGAGAGAAGGAGUCUGUCUUGAUUUUGGAAGAAAUAUCUGGUAACCAACAUGACUGAGUUCUGGCUUAUAUCAGCUCCUGGGGAGAAAACAUGUCAGCAAACAUGGGAGAAAUUGCAUGCGGCAACUACGAAGAACAACAAUCUUGCAGCUACUUCAAAGUUCAACAUUCCUGACUUAAAGGUUGGCACACUCGAUGUCUUGGUUGGUUUGUCGGAUGAACUGGCUAAACUGGAUGCAUUUGUAGAAGGGGUGGUUAAGAAAGUGGCUCAGUAUAUGGCUGACGUAUUGGAGGAUAGUAAAGAUAAAGUUCAGGAGAAUUUGUUGGCCAAUGGAGUUGACUUGGUUACUUAUAUAACAAGGUUUCAAUGGGACAUGGCUAAAUAUCCAAUCAAGCAGUCCCUGAAAAAUAUUUCUGAAAUAAUUGCCAAGGGAGUGACUCAGAUUGACAAUGACCUGAAAUCUCGAGCAUCCGCAUAUAACAACCUGAAAGGGAAUCUUCAGAAUUUGGAACGAAAGAAUGCAGGAAGUUUGCUAACUAGAAGUCUAGCAGAAAUUGUGAAGAAGGAUGACUUUGUUCUUGACUCAGAGUAUCUCGUCACAUUACUGGUCGUGGUUCCCAAGUUAAACCACAAUGACUGGAUUAAGCAGUAUGAAACAUUAGCUGAAAUGGUAGUUCCAAGGUCUAGCAAUGUUCUCUCAGAGGACCAAGACAGUUACCUGUGUAAUGUCACCUUGUUUAGGAAGGCAGUUGAUGACUUCAGACACAAAGCCAGGGAAAACAAAUUCAUCGUUCGUGACUUCCAGUAUAAUGAAGAGGAGAUGAAAGCAGACAAAGAAGAAAUGAACAGGCUUUCUACCGACAAGAAAAAGCAAUUUGGACCACUUGUACGGUGGCUGAAAGUGAAUUUCAGUGAGGCGUUUAUUGCGUGGAUUCAUGUAAAAGCGUUGAGGGUUUUUGUUGAGUCUGUUUUGAGGUAUGGCUUGCCAGUGAACUUCCAAGCAAUGCUCCUUCAGCCCAAUAAGAAAACAAUGAAGAAACUAAGAGAAGUAUUAUAUGAAUUGUAUAAACAUCUAGAUAGCAGUGCAGCAGCUAUUAUUGAUGCUCCUAUGGAUAUUCCAGGCUUAAACCUGAGUCAACAGGAAUAUUACCCCUAUGUGUACUACAAGAUCGAUUGCAACUUGCUGGAAUUCAAGUAAAAUGAGCCCCCCAGAUAGCCCUGCCCUCAUGUCGGUGUUGGUGUUUGCUAACAGACGUAGGUUGUAGUAUGGCUGUACUUUUAACUCUCUCUUACCCCUUGCUUGCUUCUCACCCCCUUUCCUAUUCGCGUUCUCUUGUAGUGGUCCAUUUGUCAACAUUUUGUUUUUAAAAGGAAACUAUAUGUCUUGUUUCUUUUUAUUGAUCAGGUCUGUAAAUGUGUACUAAAAAAAAAAUCAGAGUUUAUUUAUAAACAGAAUAGUUUAUUUAAAAAGAAGGUCUUACUUCAUCGAUAUUGUGGUAUGCAUUAAUUCCAUUUGUUGCUGUUGUGACAGAAGCCUUGUGUACAAGGGAAUGGUGUAAACAGUUAUACCAUUUUGUUCACUGUAUUUAGUAGACAUAAUUGUUUAAUAGUUAUUGAAUUGUGAUGUAAAGAAAUGUGACAAUAUUCAGGUAUGUGCUUUCUGAAUGUUUCAAAUUACAAUCUGUGAGCACUUGACACCCACAGGAGAGAAUAAAAUUACCUGUGCAAAGGUGGAUUGUGGUGUGUGUAACUUCCAAAGAUUACGGUUCAAGUUUGAAGAUUAUUUUUGAACACAUGGUGGGUAUUUACAUUUGGACACUAGACUUUCAGGUCUCUCAAUUAGGAGGUAGGGCCAAUUUUUGAAUAAAGUGUAGUAGAACUC